AAUUUAGGACACGAAGACAUCAAAAUCAAUUGUCAUGGCUCGUAUAAUAAAUCAAGAAACUUAUGAUGAAGCUGUUAAUGAAAAUAUCGAAAUAUUUUCUAUGUCACCUGAGGAAGCUAUCGAAGAAACCAUAAAGCAAUUUAAUUCACAGGGAGUAGAUCUAAGCAAUAUCAUUAAAGAUUUAAUUAUAACGCAAGAUCAUGAAUUAAUAUUGACUUACCUAGAUCAGCUUAGAUCUGCUCUGGCCAAAAAACAUUAUGAAAAAAUUCCUCAUGUGUUGGAUAAACUUUCUGACAAAUUAGAUAAGGACAUUGCACGUAAAGUAUAUGCUGGAAAACGUGGUUGUUAUGGUAUUUUACUGAGCAUUAUGAAAGAUUGCAAAUAUGAUACUUUGAUACUUAAAUCUGCAUUAGAAACCAUUACCUCAUUAAUGACUGGUAAUCCAGAUUUAUUGGAUGACAAAGGUGUUUCUAUUCAAAUGGAAAUAUUGGAUAAACAGGAGGACAAACUGGUACUACAAUGUUUAUUACAUUGGAUAAGAGCAUGUUGUAUAAAACACGAAGCGAAUAGACAAAACAUAUUUAAUGCUGAUAUUUUUAAUAGACUUAAAAAGAUAUUAACUCGUGAUGAUGCGACAGCAUCGGAAGUACGAGAUGCAUGCUCUGUAAUUAGAGCACUUGUAUUAGACGAUGAUAUAAGACAUGAAUAUGGAAAAGCACAUGAACAUGCGACAAUUAUAGCAAGGGGUGCAUUGGAUGUACUUACUGGUUUAUUAUCCAAAUUUAAAAAUGAAAAAACUGUAAUGGGUGACUUGAUGAUUACACUGGCUUCUUUAAUCGUGAGAAAUGAAUUUUGUCAGGACGUAACAGAUGCGGGUGGCUUAAAAUUUGUUCUGGACAUUAUCAUUAAUUAUCCUGAUUCAGAGAAAUUAAAUUGGCAAGCUUUGAAAUUAUUAAAAGCACUUGCUGGCAAUGACAAUGUAAAAUCGCACAUAGUGACUGCAGGAGGUGCUCCUUUGAUCGUUUCUGUGAUCAGUAGAUUCAAGAAAUUUGAAGGUAUUGUUGUCGCUGGACUUGCAUGCAUCUCUGCGUUAACAUUAAGAAGUUCAUCGAAUGCAGGAGUGUUUUAUGAUUGUGGAGCACCAAGAAUAAUCAUUGAUUGUAUGAAGUCCUAUCUUAAAAAUUUAAACGUUAUAAAGCAAGCAGCUUGGGCAAUAAGAAAUAUGUCAGUGAGGAACAAGUUGGAAUGCAAAGAAUUUAUUGCUUAUGGCGUUGAAGAAAUAUUAAAUAAUGCUCUAAAGAUACAUGGGACUAAAGGAGAAAACGAUAUAAAGGCUGCUUUAAGAGACUUAGGAUUGAAGGUUGAAUUAAAAGAAAGAUGGACUGGCAAGGGUGCCAAAUUGAAUAGCGAAACAGAUAAACGAACUUCAUACGAAUGAUAAUAUCUUCGAAGAAAUUUUCAAAAGGAAUCUUUCGAAUAUAGUGGUAAAUUAAUAGUAGAAAUCAUAUCGAUAUCUCAUACUCGCAAUGAUUUUCAUUAUAUUUCUUCUUUCUCUAUGAGCAUAGAGAUGCAACGGGUUGCGACGAUUAAGGCGCCGAACGAUUAAAAAUUAUUCAUUUAUCAAAUAUUACGAAUAUAUUUCAUUUGUAUAUACCAAUCUGUACUUACCAAAUAAAUUAUUUCCUGUUAAGUUAUUCAAAUUAUAAAGGAUAAUUAACGAAAUAAUUAACGGAAUGCUGACGUUUCUCAAAAGUAAAUUGUUAUUAUAUUCUAACAAUCGGAAUUACUUAUUAUAUUUCUAUCACAAAACUUUUACAAUUCUUUCUAAUGGCCGAUUGAUCGUGAAAACAAAUAAAAAAAA